GAACAGUGGCAAGGGCUCUGUGUGCCCUGGAACCCGACCUCUGCACCCCAAGAAAGAUGAGCGAGGCGGACCAGGCUCGGGUGGGGCCCACGGCUGAAGAGCCCUCCCCCUCCCCAGAGGAGGAGGGCGAAGGGGGCGGGAAGGAGCCCGCGACCGAAGCGGCCCCCGGGCCCAGCGCCGCGUUCCGCCUCAUGGUUACUCGGCGGGAGCCGGCCGUGAAGCUGCAGUACGCGGUGAGCGGCUUGGAGCCACUGGCCUGGUCUGAGGACCACCGCGUGUCAGUGUCCACGGCCCGCAGCAUCGCCGUCCUGGAGCUUAUCUGCGAUGUGCACAACCCAGGCCAGGACCUGGUGAUCCACCGCACCUCGGUGCCCGCACCUCUCAACAGCUGCCUCCUCAAAGUUGGCUCAAAAACAGAAGUUGCUGAGUGCAAGGAGAAGUUUGCUUCCUCUAAAGACCCCACCAUCAGCCAGACUUUCAUGUUGGACAGGAUGUUCAACCCUGAGGGGAAGGCAUUGCCCCCAAUGCGGGGCUUCAAAUAUACUAGCUGGUCUCCCAUGGGUUGUGAUGCAAAUGGCAGGUGCCUUUUGGCAGCACUGACCAUGGACAAUCGCUUGACUGUGCAAGUGAACCUCAACAGACUCCAGUGGGUUCAGCUGGUUGAUCUGACUGAGAUUUAUGGAGAACGUCUUUAUGAGACCAGUUAUAGGCUCUCAAAAAAUGAGGGUCCUGGGGGAAACCUGGGGGAUUUUGCCGAGUUUCAGAGGAGACACAGCAUGCAGACCCCAGUCAGAAUGGAAUGGUCAGGCAUCUGUACUACUCAGCAAGUUAAGCACAACAAUGAGUGCCGAGAUGUGGGCAGUGUGCUCCUGGCUGUCCUCUUUGAGAAUGGGAAUAUAGCUGUGUGGCAAUUUCAGCUGCCAUUUGUGGGGAAGGAGUCCAUCUCUUCAUGCAACACCAUUGAGUCAGGAAUCAGCUCCCCCAGUGUUUUGUUUUGGUGGGAAUAUGAGCACAAUAAUCGGAAAAUGAGUGGCCUCAUUGUGGGCAGUGCUUUUGGACCUGUAAAAAUUCUCCCUGUCAAUCUCAAAGCAGUCAAAGGCUACUUCACUUUAAGACAGCCUGUUGUCUUGUGGAAGGAAAUGGACCAAUUGCCUGUACAUAGCAUCAAAUGUGUACCACUUUAUCAUCCUUACCAGAAGUGUAGCUGUAGUUUAGUGGUAGCUGCAAGAGGCUCCUAUGUGUUCUGGUGUCUUCUUCUAAUCUCAAAGGCAGGUCUGAAUGUUCACAAUUCCCAUGUCACAGGCCUUCACUCACUGCCCAUCGUCUCUAUGACUGCAGACAAGCAGAAUGGAACAGUGUAUACCUGUUCUAGUGAUGGGAAGGUGAGGCAGUUGAUUCCCAUUUUCACAGAUGUUGCAUUGAAGUUCGAACACCAGCUGAUUAAACUCUCAGAUGUAUUUGGCUCAGUGAGGACUCAUGGCAUUGCAGUGAGCCCCUGUGGUGCUUAUCUGGCCAUCAUCACCACUGAGGGCAUGAUCAAUGGCCUCCAUCCUGUGAACAAGAACUACCAGGUCCAGUUUGUUACUCUCAAGACUUUUGAAGAGGCAGCUGCUCAGCUCUUGGAGUCCUCAGUUCAAAAUCUCUUUAAGCAGGUGGACUUGAUUGACCUAGUCCGCUGGAAAAUUUUAAAAGAUAAACAUAUCCCUCAGUUUUUACAUGAAGCUUUGGAAAAAAAGAUUGAAAGCAGUGGGGUCACCUAUUUUUGGCGUUUUAAGCUUUUUCUCCUAAGGAUUUUGUACCAGUCAAUGCAAAAAUCUCCUUCAGAGGCCUUAUGGAAACCUACCCACGAGGACUCAAAGAUCUUACUAGUUGACUCACCUGGAAUGGGUGAUGGUGAGGAUGAACAGCAAGAAGAAGGCACUUCCAAGCAGGGGACUAAGGCUGGCCUGCAGGAGAAGAGCAAAGAGGGUGACACAGAGGAGCCCCCCGAAGACUCACUCACUGCCAUGGGAGACACCGGAGGCCGUGAACCCAUAGAGGAGAAGCUCCUUGAGAUCCAAGGGAAGAUUGAGGCUGUGGAGAUGCACCUGACCAGGGAGCACAUGAAGCGGGUCCUAGGAGAAGUGUACCUGCACACCUGGAUCACAGAGAACACCAGCAUACCUACCAGGGGACUCUGUAACUUUUUGAUGUCUGAUGAGGAGUAUGAUGACAGAACAGCUCGGGUCCUGAUUGGACAUAUUUCCAAGAAGAUGAAUAAGCAGACCUUCCCUGAGCACUGCAGUCUGUGUAAGGAGAUCUUGCCAUUCACGGAUCGCAAGCAGGCAGUUUGUUCCAAUGGGCACAUUUGGCUCCGGUGCUUUCUAACCUACCAGUCCUGCCAGAGCUUGAUAUACCGACGGUGUUUGCUCCACGACAGCAUUGCUCGGCACCCUGCUCCAGAAGAUCCCGACUGGAUUAAGAGGUUGCUGCAGAGCCCUUGCCCUUUCUGUGAUUCUCCUGUCUUCUGAGUGUCAGUGAGGAGGAUGGAGGAACAUGGACUCGGCUGUAGAAAGUGCCCUGGAGCCUGAAGAGCAGGUGUACUGGAGGAAGCCUGGUGUGGGACAGUGGAGAGACUCUUCUGACUGGAAGGAGGAAGGUCAUCCCUGAGCUCAUUUCGCCAGCACACUCGCUAUCUUCAGGAAUUGAAGGAUAUCUUUUCAAUGACUAAAUGCAAAGAGUUUGAGUCAUUUUGAGGUGAACAUUAGCCACCCCCAGCUCCUCACCCAAUGAGAACCACUUACUUUUCAAGCAUCUUGCCUAAAGCAGUUUGAGCGGAAGCUUCUGCCCCUUGAGACAUAUUGGGCUCUUCUAGAGAACCUGAGGAUCUCACUGUGAGUUUGGUUUUCAUCUUUGCUUUGGUCUGGAACUGCCUGUGGCUCCAGAGGACUCAAGUUGGUUGGUACAUGACACCCCCUGUGCCAAUACAUCUUAAAGUCUCUAAAGCUGUGUGUGGCUGGUGUUUGCUCAGCAGACUCAUUUGCCCAUUGACUUGUUUCCAUGAAUAUGGAAGACAUUUUCCUAAAACUAUAUUUUUGAAGCCAAGAAUAAAAUCAAUCUUGAUGUAUCAAAUGAUCAGGUGACUAUUAGAAGUUAAUAAUUUUCAUUUAUUUUUAUCUCCUGUGACUCAGCUCCUUAGUAUGUCAGAAGAGAGUGAGUACCCCUUCCCUCAUCACAGCCCCACUUCAUAUCCAACUGUGUGGCCAAGAUACUGGUACAUAAAGGGGAAGUAUUUCUUCUUUUAGUAUUAAAUUGAAGCUUCAGUAUUUUUAACAUUGACUUAUCCAGACCUUUCACUGAGUAUCUGGGGGGAAAGUUGGUGUAGGGACUUUUGGAGAGAGAUGGCAGCAUGGAGUUGGAGGUCCUUGAGCUCUGUACUGCAAGUAUGUGCAGCUCAAGUGGACAAACAUGUGAAUUUCUUCUCCUGCCAAAGGUCCUUAAUAAUUGGAAUACAGGUAUUUUUCUGUGGGCUUAAAGAGGAGACAUACACUAUUGGUUGACGGCUAGCUCUUAACCAGACCUGAAGCAUUCUGGAAUCACAGUCUUGUGUUUUUAAAGUAAGUUUCCUAGGAUUGGUGCUAAUGAACUGGACUUUGGUGCACACGUUUGGAAAUUGUACGUUUUGGAAAGUGGGGUAGAAAGCACAGAACAUGAAAUGCUUUGCUCCUUUAUCAUCCUUUAUACUUUUAUUUUAACAUUCUCUCCUGCUUUGAUUUUACAUCCAUGGUGAAAGACAUUCUGUCCUCCCUUCAGAAAUAUUGUCUUGGUACUUGGGUGCCACAGUGAGAGACAGACCACAUGCCAUCCUGCCACACUUUCUGUCUUGAAAAAUAGCUCCACACUGGUGACAGACCCUAAGGAAGAAGCACUGCCAGAAGAUACUCUAAAAUGUUCUGUUAAGAUUGUUGCCCUGUGCCGUCUGUUUAAUGAAUUGUUUGCUGGAGUUUUUAAUGUCCUGACUUGGGGUUGUUUCAAGAACAGUAUCUAUGCAGACCUGAGGGGCAGCAAAGAGCCCCGUCUGAACCUAACUGAUUGCUUUAAGCAGUUGCUCAGUUUUUGACAAUUUUUAACAAUUAGGAGUCAUGGAAGAAUUUCUAGGAUCUGUACUUAUGUACAGGAAGAAACAUGGCAACUGGAACACAAGUUCUCAAUAAGGGGCAUUCUUAGGACUCUGAAAUCCAGCCACAGCCAAUUGUCUCCACAGCUAGUAGGGAUGCCUCCCUCCUCUCUAACACCCACCCCCCCCACUCCCACCACACACCGAUGUUAAUCUUCAGAGUUGGGUGAACGAGAGAAUUUAGGAUUGAUGGCAGCCUCCUGCAUAGGGCACUUCUGAAUUCUUCUCUAAGGGUUACUGUAUAGAACCCUGGAGGGUUGAUUGGAGGGACCUUGGAAAAAUGGUAGUGACAUUAGUCUUGUGCCUCUUCCAGCUUGAACAUGCUUGUGCUGCUUUAUGGAAGACUUGAGGCAGUUUCGAUUGCAGCUGUUGUAGCUGUUUUAGCAUGGGAGGAAGAGCAGCCAUUGAAUGGCUGCCCUGUAUUUAGAAUGCUGAAGCACACUACAGAGACCCCACAAGCUACAACACUGCUAUGUAUCUGAUCUUCUCUGCCUGGGGUUAUUGGUUUCUAUUAUUCUAGGUAGGAAAUGGGUAACUUGUUCUGGUUGGUAUUCAUGCUGAAGUCUUGGUAUAUUCAUCCCUGGACUUGGAGCUGUCUUUACCCACCACAAGAUCUGCCAAAGCUAUUGUGAGCACCAGCGUAGUCUGUGGUCAGAUGUAACAUUUUCCUGCUUGUCCCUUCUAGGAUCUAGCGAGUUUUUAAGAACAUCUAUGUAGAAGUAUGUAGGCUAGACCUAGCAACAAACUUAGCAAGUUAAUUGGAUUGGGAAAGUCUUAUGUUCUGUUUGUUUUGUUCUGUUUUUUGAGACAUGGUUUCACUAUGCUAUAGCCCUAGCUAUCCUGGAAUUCCCUUUGUAGAUCUUGAACUCACAGAUCUGCCUGCCUCUGGCUCCUAUAUUUGGAAAGUUUAAUCAUUUGCUUGGCUAUUUUAGUAUCAGAUAAGAUGCAGAUGUUAGAACAUGACCCUGCGCAGGGAGCCCUGCACCUCUGGCGGCAGCUAAGUGGCCUGGAUUGUUGAGUGGCUGUAGUUCCUGAAAUGGACCAGAUUUGGGUUCUGGUCAUCCCCUUCUUGCUUUACCUUCCCCAAGAGGCAGCUCUCAGCAUUAGGAUGCACUUCAGGCCAGAAAGAUGUAUAGUGAUAAAGUUUCUAAAGACUAAGCCAUAUUGUAGGUCUUCCUAGAAGAAACAAUGGGCAUAUGUGCUUAAAGGGCUGACUUGGGGCUCCUUUCCACCACGGUGUUCCUGUUCAUGUUGAGCUGAAUGAGUGCAUUCCAAGUCAGCAUUGACCCCCAACAGUCAGUCAGAUACUCAAAGCUCUUUCACCAUAGCACACCUUGGACUUCAGGAGUCACAGCCAGGUUUGGCAGCCUCUCAUGGUAUGUCCUGGUAGAGAGUCAAAGCAACCUUACCUUCCCCUUGAGGUAUUGGGUUAGAAUGUCAACCCUGCAGGGUCUCAUGAAGUGAAUUGUCUGGCUUUAGUUCCUGGGAAGCAUCAGUGCCCCUCAUACACUUUAGACUGUGCCUCAGACUCUCAUGUUAUGAGACCCUAAACUGCUCUUUCUUGAAGCUGAGACAUUCUUGAAGUUAAAUCUGCUUUGUGUCUAGCUCAGUGCACAAUAGGUAAAAUUGCUUCUAGCUGCCUACAGACAUGGCAGCUUUGCCCGAGUAGCAGGCAGAAGGCAGUGUUCGUGGAUUUUAUAAUUCAAGGCCAUGCUUAUAUAGAGAAGAGAGACUGAUGCAGUCAGGAUUCUAGUCAUGAGUUUAUUUAGAGCUCGAUGGUGUGGUACACCAACAGUGCCUAAGUUCUGUUUUCAUAAAGAAAGAUACAAUAAAUUGGGUAAGGGAUGGUGGCACAUGCUCAGGAAGCUGAGGCAGGAGGGUCAGGUUGAAGGUUAGUCUUAGCUGUAUGGAGAGAACCUGCCUCAGAAAACCAAAACUGGUUAAGUUGUACAGCAUAAGAAGUGGUAUUGACGGUGUUGUGAUGUUUUCAGCCCAGGUCUGCAUUUGGCUAACGUGGUAAAGUGAGUGCUCCUGUUCUCACUGUCUCUGUAUGGUACUAAUAUAAAAUCAAACACAAGUAUCCCAUGAAUUGUGUUUUUUCCAAAGCUUUGUUUCACAUUUGUAUUUGACAUGACAUGGAUGUGAGCAUCACACUUGUUUAAACAAAUGUCUGUUGUGCUUAGUGGUUUUACCCUGUUUACCCGAUGCUUGUGCUAAAGUUUGUGCUUGGCUUUGAAUUGUAUGUUUACACCUGGCUGUUUUUAAAUAAAGAGAAAAUUUUACAGUUA